UCUCUGCAGAUCAGCAAUCUUCUGUGCUCUCUGACUUCUUGAAUAAUUCUCUCGCUUUCAUUUUUUCUCGUCAAUCACACAAAUCUUUUUCUGUGCUCUCUGGCUUCUGUUUAACAGUUUGUUCACUCUGUUUCUUCGUUUUUCAGUCCUUUAAUCUUUUCUCUUCAGUCACUACAGUUUUUGCUCUUCAUCUUUCUCUUGCCAUAGCUUGUUCUUUUAAGGGGAAAAAAAACCAAAAAAAAAAAAAAACUGUUUGUUUGAUCUUAUAUUGGUAUCUGUCAUUGCUGCUAUUGGUCUUUUUCUUUCGAAAAAAAAAACAAAAAAAAAUUGUGUUCUCUACUUUGUGUUCUUGGUUUGACUUUUUGCUCUUCUUCUCGCUCUUUGAAACCAAAAAAAAAAAAAAAAUCCUUGUCCAGGUUUACCUCUCAAAUCAUUACUUUUGAGUCUCCGUUUAACAGUUCGUUGUUUCGUUCCUUGGAUCUCAAUUCUCUUAUAGUUUCUCCCUUGAAUAUUUCAUAUCGAUUUCUUUUUCUCCAUCAAUCGUCGCGUGCUGUUUCAUCUUCUUUACGUGCGUUGAAGAAGAAGACGACGACCAAUUCCUAUCCAACAAGUUCUCGAAAGGCGUUAAACUCAGAAUCAGAGAUGCCAAUUAUAGAGGAAAUCGCAACCCAUGCCGCCCAAUCAUUUGUGGACACAGCAGCAAAUGAGCUUAAAUACUUGUGUUGUUACAAGAGCUAUGUUGAUGAGUUCGAAGACAAAAAGGAAAGUUUGAACACAAGAAUAAACAUGGUGGUUAAAGAUAUUAAUGAAGCUAGAUGCAGAAAUGAGAAUCAAACUGAGGAUGAUGUUGCACUGUGGCUAACUAAAGCCAAUGGUCUCAUACAAGAAAACACAAAAGAAAAGAAGAAAUGGUUUAGCUUGGUUACUAAUUGCUUUUGGCAGUACAAGCGAGGCAAAGAGUUGGAAGGGAAGACCCAAACGAUUAAAGAAUUGAUCGAGAAGAGUAACUUCCCUCGUGUUGCUCGUUCAAUUGGGCUUCCAGGCAUCGAGUUUUAUUCUUCUCAAAACUUUAUGCAUUUGGAGGAUAGAAAGUUGAAAUUUGAACAACUUAAGGAGGCAUGCAUACUAAAAGAUGACAAGAAGUUUAUAAUUGGACUGCAUGGGCUAGGAGGAACGGGGAAAACUACAAUGGCAAUAGAAGUUGGUAAAGAAGUUGUAGAAUCAAAAGUGUUUGAUAAAGCCAUCUUCAGUGUAGUUUCAAAGGAUCCAAACUUGAAAAAGAUUCGAGACAACAUUGCAAAGCAAUUAGGCUUGUCGUUAUUAGAUGAAACGAUGGGUGAAGCUGAAAAAGCACAAAAUAUAUGGAAAAGGAUAGUUGAAGGUGGAGAAAACUUGCUUGUAAUAUUGGAUGAUGUUUGGGAAAAACUUACACUUUGAGACAUAGGGAUUCCUCCUGGUCAUCAUGACAAGGGUUGUUGUGUUGUUUUGCUAACUACACGUGAUUGGACAGUUUGUAGAGAUAUGGGAUGCUAUCAUGAAACUAUUAAACUUGAGGUCUUAAAUGAGAAGGAUGCAAUUGAUCUUUUCCUAUCUUAUGUUGGCAUUAACACUAGUAGUUCUUCCAAUGAUUUUAAGGAUGUGGCUUCAGGUAUUGUGAAGGAGUGUGGAAGAUUACCGAUUGCAAUUAUAACAGUGGCAAGAGCAUUGAAUUCUAGGCCUCUGAAUGAUUGGAAAGAUGCUUUAGAGAGAAUGAGAGCUUAUGAGCCAUUGCAAGAUGUUAAUCAAGAUUUAAAGGAGGCUUAUAAUUCUUUGAGAUUAAGUUAUGAUAAUAUAAAGAAUGAAAAUGCCAGACAACUCUUCUUGUUGUGCUCUCUCUUCCCUGAAGAUUCUGAAAUACCUAUAGAACUUUUGAAUAGAAUUGCUAUAGGUUUGGGACUUUGUGGAGAUGCUGACAGAUACUCUGCUUCAAGAAGUCAAUUUACUCCAAUUAAAAAUGAGCUCAUAGAUUCUUGUUUAUUGUUAAAAGCUGGGAAUGAAACUGUAAAGAUGCAUGACUUGGUCAGAGAAGUGGCUCUAUGGAUCGAAAACAAGAAAGUUCAAGUGGGCAUGGAUUCUAUCACAACUUUGAAGGAGAAUAUCCAAUAUUCUUCUUGGAAAACAAGUGACUUUCCCAACCAUUUAGGCAGUAGUAAACUUGAGGCUCUUUUAGUUUGGAUAAAUGAAAGUAAUGAAGUGAAAGUUCCAGAUGCUUUCUUUGAAGGGAGUGGAGACCUUAAAAUUUUGAUUUUAGAAUGUUUGGCAGGGUCAAAAUUGCAAAUUUCAACUCCAUCUUUGCUUCAACCACUUGAGGCAUUAAAAAAUGUUCAAACUCUAGCCAUAAAAUCAUUUGAAUUGGAAGAUAUAUCUAUUUUGGCAAGCUUGAAAAGCCUCACUAGUCUUGAGUUGAUUGAGUGUUCAAUUAUUGAAUUGCCAAGUAAAAUUAGAGAGUUGGAAAAAUUGAGAUUGUUGGAGUUGAGAAAAUGUUCAAUUAAAAGGAAUAAUCCUUUUGAAGUUAUUGGAAGUUGCUCGCAAUUAGAGGAGUUGUACUAUGUUGGCAAUGCUAUUGGUCAACUUGACCAUGAAAAAUUUCCCCAAAUCACAACUUUUCCUAAAUUACGAAGGUAUCAUAUAAUGGGUUCUCAUGAUGGUCAUUGUAAAGUGAAUUUUUCAACAUCUAAAUAUUUCAAUUCAAAGAACUUAGAAAAAAUCUUCUCCAAGGAAAUAUUUACCUCCCUAAUAGGAGGAGCAGAAAUUUUGGAAUUAUAUAAAGUUGAUUAUAAUAGAGGUUGGACAAGUAUUGUUCCUGACAUUGUUCCUAUGGAAGAAAAAGGCUUGAAAGAUCACUUAACUAAGCUUUCUUUGGAAUCUUGUUUUGAGAUAAAUUGUGUCGUCUAUACAGAUCAUCUUCAAUCUAGUGGUGUUAUCUUCUCCAAAUUAGUUGAGUUGCAACUUCAUGAAAUGGGUGUAAGAGAAUUAUGCUAUGGCCCUUAUCCUGUUGACUUUUUGAGGCAAUUAGAGAAUCUAAAGUUAGUGAGAUGUCAAAAACUAAAAAGAACAUUAUUUGAGGGCAAGCUAGAGCUGGGCAAUCUUAAGUCGGUAAAAUUAGAGGAGUGUUCAAUGACAUGUCUUUUUCAUCCAUCCACAGCUCAGAGUCUUAAUCAACUAGAGACAUUGGAGAUAAUUGAAUGUUCUCAGUUGAACUACAUUGUAGCAGAGAUGAUGGAUUAUGAUGAUGAUCCUAAUCAAAAGAGCCAUAGGGCAAUGCUCCAAAAAUUGAAAUCACCCCAAGUUCGUCGCUGUGGAGAAUUAGAAUUUAUAUUGCCAAUUUGUUUUUGUGAAGACCUUGCACUACUUGAAAGUGUGAAAAUUAUUAGAUGUCAGAAGCUAAAAUAUAUAUUUGGGCCGUAUUCAAAUAAGAGAGAAUUGCAUCAAAUGGGAAAAGAAAUUGUGCUCCAGUUGCUAGAGAACAAUUGGAAAUUCAUGAAGUACCAAAUUUCAUAAACAUAUAUGCAGAAUGUUAUCUGCCAUUGCCCUGUAGUGAAGUGCAAAAAUUGGAAGACGAGAGCAACAAUUUGUCAAGAUGUCCUCUUUGUUGUUUUUGGCCAAAAUCAAAUGCCUCAACCGUACAUCAUCCUUCCGCUUCCAAUGGCACUUAUCUCAACCACACUCAGGAAUUAUUAAAAUAUGUUGUGGAGAGAGCUAAUGGAAUUUUUACAGCACCUUUAUAUCCAUACAAAAGUUUGAGAAAGAUGGGAAUAGAGGGAUUUUCUGAGUUGAAGUCACUCUUUACCCUCUCCAUUGCCUCAUCAUCCCUAAAAUUGUUGGAAGAACUGGAUGUCAAGAAGUGCGAUGCACUGGAGCAUGUAGUAGCAGAUGAGGGGCAUUAUAGUCAUGAUCAUAUGAAUGUCGACUCCAUAUUUCCCAACUUAAAGAGGGUUACUGUCUAUAGCUGUAGCCAUUUGGAAUAUAUAUUCUCAGCUUUUUACUCAAAAGACUUUCAUCAUUUGGAAUAUGUAAACAUCUCUUAUUGUGAAAAGA